AUGCCGGACUCUGUUGCUGCCUCUCAGGAGGAACAGCCACAAUCGCCUAAACGUCAGGCUUCCCCAGAUAGACCUUCCGAAGAGGAGCGUGGGUCUUCUAGUGCUGACCUUGAAAGAGAGCCAUUGAUCUCCAGCAGACGCUAUGUGGACCCCGAUGACCCAAUUGUGCUGCCCUUGAACUUGCGCCGGAUUGCUGUUUUGAGACUGGUUCUUUUUGCAGUGCUUGCAGUGAAUGGACUCGUACUAUUCUUGGUGGUUGUUUCGGACUUCAUCUCGAUACCCUUCUUCAAUCGCCGGGGCAAGUCACCGCUUGACUUUGACUUGGCCUUGUUGAACAUAUUGACCGGUGCCGUGACGCUCUGGUGUUUUGCCGUACCUGCGUACUAUGAAAGGUUGCUAGGCUACGUUAGUUGUGGCUUAGUGUUUGUUGACUUGAUAGUGUUGCUCAGCGUUCCAUACCUCCGUGGCCAGCUGGGUGCUUUUGGAAACCUCCUCUGGCUCUGGACACUUCUCAAUAUCGCCUUGAACUGCUUUGCUGACUGGUCAGUAGAGCGUGGAAAGGCACAGCAGGAGAUCAGGUACACCGGAAGGGUCGAGAAGAGAAGAUCGGUCUCGGAACUCUUGAUUAUGCUCAUCAAGAUCUCGGUCAAGUUGUUUUUGUUGUGGGUGAUUUGGUGUAUCUCGCUCUCCGUCUGGCUUGAGGGAUUCGACUCUCACGAGAAGCCAUGGGGCAAGAUGAUCCCCGUUAACGAGGGCCAAUUCAAGGUCCACUUGGCCUGCUACGGUGAUGUUCACGCUCCGAUGGCCGAAAAGGACGGGGAGAAGGACGAUCCAUCCAAGGCUAAGCAGCCUGUUUUGCUUAUCGAAGGCGGCCAGCAGACCUCCUCAGAGGUGUUUCAGGAGUGGGUUCAGGAGCUUUACCAAAUGAACAAAAUCGAGAGAUUCUGUGUUUGGGAUAGACCCGGCUAUGCCUUCUCUGAUAGCGCCCCUCUGCCAGUUUCGAUCUCCAUUAUCGUCGAGUACCUCAUGGAGGCACUCCGGUCCGAGAAGAUCGAGGGACCUUUCCUGGCUGUGGGCUUUGAUGAAGGCGGACUUUACUCCAGGGUGUUUGCUCUGAGAAACAGGGGCCAGAUUCAUUCGCUUUUCCUCGUCGAUAGUUGGCACGAGGACUUACUCAAACACUUCCCAUUCAGCGGAAGCAACAAGAAGAACGAGAGCAGGAAGGUGUUCAAGGAUAUUCUAGAGCUCAUGGACUCCUGGCAGGGCUUCAAAGUCUGGCUCCGUGGUAUUGUGUCGCCUUUGGGAAUAGUGAGAAACCUUCACUGGUUCUUCCACCCACAGAGGUACUCGUCCAAGAGCAGAGUGUUCGGCAGAGACAUGGUCUACAGCCCCAAGUACCUUCGUGCAAGACUUCAGGAACAAGUCACUGCCUCGAUCUUAUCGUUCAACGAGGUGCAGAACGCAAAUGUCCAGCUGGUUCCUUUGGCAGUGAUCCUGUCGGACUUUAUGAUCAAGAACUCGCUCAACUGGGGCAAGUGGCAGCGAGACAUGGUGAAGAUAAGUGAUCGCCUGUUGGAGUGGGUAGUCGCCGAAAACAGUGGACACAAGAUCUGGGAAAGUCCGAAGGGUCGUGACCAGUUGCAGCAGUUGCUCUUGCGUCUAGUCAGCGAGAAAUCCAACUACUAG